AUGGGUACCUUUGGAUGCCUCCCACGGGAGAUCAGGGACGAAAUCUACCAUAUGGUUCUCUGUGGUGUCUACACACUGAAAAUACGCAAAAGCGGUGAGAAUUCUGACAACGCCGGCGAGCUCGCUCAGAGUCCGCACCUAGCCUUGCUUUUUACGUCGAAGCAGCUACAUGAGGAAGCAAUCAUUGUCUUCUACGAGGCUUCGGCAUUCAAAUUAAAGGUGUCUCUCUGUGCGACAGAUAACGUUCAGUACCCAGCACUGACCCUGACCAAUUGCAACCUCAUGACGAAUAUCUGCUUCCAAAUAACCACAGGAAGCUGGAAAGAUUUUGAUGAGUUUUUGGAUGAAGAUAAAGCCCAAAGCAAGAAAGUCAAGACACUGAUGUCAUUGUUCACCAGCAACAGAACUACAAGGAACAAGGUUGUCUUCAGCUUUGUAUUCCGUCCGGAGACUAGACGUGUUAUUUGGGAUCCAUCUGGACCGGAGGUCAUGUCCACUCUGCUUCAGUCUCUGUUCAUGAACUGGAUGAGCUACACAGACCUCAUCGUCAGUGAAUCUGGCUUUCCUCAGUACUACCUUCGAGUACUAGAUAAUCCCUCAACUGUGUUCCUCUGCUACACACCUCGACAUCAUCAAGACUCAAUCUUUUGCGCAGUUCUGAUCGACAUGGCAACCGAUCGUGUUUCCCUUGGGAGGCUUAUCGUGCUUCCACGCGAGAUUCGUGACGAAAUUUAUAGCCUGGUUCUCGUAGGGACUUACAGGCCAGAAACCUCUAAACAAUAUGUUCCAGCGGCUUGCCCAGGGGUUCUACGAGUCUCAAAAAGAGUCCAUCGAGAGGCGUUGCCAAUAUUCAACAGAUAUGGUACUUUCAUCAUCGACACUUUUCUUUCGCAGGAGAUGUGUGGACUGCCAACCUUUCCGCCACUGCCCUUGCCACACGUUCCUGAAAUACCAUGCAUUGGCGGAAAACACAGCGUGACGUUAUUGAUCCGGCCUGAGAGACUCCCACCCGUAGGGGUGAACGAUAAUGAACCCGAAAUUGCAUCAGUAUUGCAGCAUUUCAAGGCAUGGAUAGAGCAGCGUGUACGCUAUACAGUCUCUGUGUUGAACAGCGUUAGGGACACUACAUUACACAUUGAGUACAUCAUUGAGAAUUUCACUUUCUGGUUAUGGGACUGGCAGCUCCCACCUGGACUUCCACCUCCGCACAAUAUCCCUCAGACAUUGAGUCUAUUGCAUGCAGAUAUCAAAGACUCCUUCCAAGGAAUGAUAGAUUCUGGAGAAGUCACAUUCGAGCUUGUGGCCAAGAAAGUACGCAUAGACGACGCUGAUAUGCCAAGCUUUCUAAGGCAUUGCCAGAAGCUUUUUGAAAUGGCUUGUGCAGAGCUCUCACCUCACCUGGGAGAUUUUCGUCUUGUGGAGUUGAGCGCAAAGGGCAAGGAGGUACAAUAUCAAGGGCGUUGCGCAUUUCACCCAAGGCAUCACUUUGUGUCGAUCAAUAGUGGCAAGCAAGAACAAGUCUACGAAAGUGACAAAGCGUAG